CAGUAUAUCCGCCAUAUUCAUUCCCAGACCUUUUCGAUUAGGGUUCUGAAGAAGAAAAAGCUAAUUCCAGCACUUUGAAUCUCUUCUCUUCUCUUCCCUUCAGACUCUGAAAAGCAAAAUAGAAGAGAAAUUAAGAAAGAAAUAUGAAACUGAAGCAAUUAGAAAGCCUUUUAGGUGAUCUUCAGCAGUUCUCCAACCCAAAGAUAGAGCUAGAGCAGUACCCAACUGGAUCCCACAUUGCUUCUCGCAUGCUCUACACUGCAGAGAAUUCAUUUGGUGAUGUGAGCAACAAGGUAGUGGCGGAUUUUGGCUGCGGCUGUGCCACUCUGGGUGCUGCAGCUGCUCUUCUGGGCGCAGAACAGGUGAUUGGCAUUGAUAUCGAUUCUGAAUCUAUUGAGAGAGCAUCACUAAAUGCAGAGGAACUUGAGCUGGACAUAAAUUUUCUUCAAUGUGACGUCAGGAACUUAGGAUGGAGAGGUCACAUUGUUGAUACUGUUGUGAUGAAUCCUCCAUUUGGAACCCGGAAAAAAGGUGCUGAUAUGGAUUUUCUUUCUGUGGCUUUAAAGGUUGCUUCUCAGGCAGUUUAUUCUUUGCACAAGACCUCAACAAGAGAUCAUGUGAAAAGGGCAGCUUUGCGAGACUUUGGUGCUAGCAGUGCUGAGGUUCUAUGUGAGCUUCGGUUUGAUGUACCACAACUAUACAAAUUUCAUAAGAAAAGGGAGGUGGAUAUCGCUGUAGAUCUCUGGCGGUUUGGACCCAAAAGUAGUCAGGGAAAGGGUAUUUAAUACUGCACAGGGAUUAUGUUGGGAUAAACUUUGCAUCGGGAUGAUGCAUGUAGCAUAUAGUUAACAAAUUCAUGUGAAAAAUACACUAGAAUGCAUUUUAUCAAUAACUGUUUGAAGAGAAA